CAAUGCAGAUCAAUUGAUAAGAUUCUUGAUUGAUUCCACAAGAUAUUCAUCCCAAGAGGAGAAAGAAUCAUAAAAGAACAAGAUUUUAACUUCACUCUGUGAAUUACACUUUUCAAAAAACACUCAAUGCUUCAAAUUCUCGCAACAACAUUCCACCACGAUGAUUUCUUGAGGUUUUCCAUUCUGCAUUGAAAUUCCUUUAACAAUAAUCAUAAAUUUCAACCCAAAAUGGAACAGUGAGUGCCUUGUGCGGGACAAAAUUGUAUGAAUUGUUACCAACUGCUUUAAGCAUUUCAGGGAUUCAGAAGAUUGGGAACUAUCAUUGAAUUCUUCCAUGGCUUCAAUUCUAGACAAGAAUUAUAUGUCGUCUGAUAGUGGCCUGAAUGUUUGUAUGCCGUUUUGGGAAUCUGCCGAAAAAAACACUUUCGAAUAUUUCUAUUCUGACAGUUACAGACAAAAUAUCGAUAUCAGCAGGGUAUCUAUAAGUCGAGGUCACAGUCGAUGUAGCCAUCGGGAAAAAACCAAGUGUGAAUGCUCUGGAGAAGACGACCAACAGACUUCCACCAAUGAUGAAGGAAGGAGGAAAGCAUACAAACCUAAAUCUCAGAAGAAAACAUCUAGAACGUCAGAAGCACCAAGAAAUAAUUGUGAUGGACCAAAAGUGGCGAUACAAUUCGACUUGAAUAAAUUGCUUGAAGAAAUCGCAAAAUCUGACAAAAAGACUUGUGCAUUGUGUGGUAAACCUAAGAAAAACAUUAACAGAGACCAUGAAUAUAAACGAGACAGUUCACCUGGAAAGAUGGUGCACUUAAACACGCGUCAAGACGGCAAAAUAUCUUUCUUCCUGAACGAUAAGUUGAAAAUAACCAUAGAGGAGAGUUCGGUACCACCUAAAAACAAACAGGAAAAAAAUUUCGUUGAUCAGCAGAGACCAAAUACUUGUCCCUAUAGAAAAGGACAUAAAUCUUCCAUAUAUACUGCUACAUCAGAAACAUAUCCAGUCAAAACUCAAAAUAGAAUACCAUGUCCUUCUUCUUGUCCUAUGGUAAAACUCAAACAACUCUUGAUUCCAGACGACACAAGGAUGAUGAGUUGUAGGACUGGAAGGUCAGAGACGACAAAUACCUCCACGCAAAAUCUGAAAAGAAAAAGGGAUAAGUCACUGCAAACUUUGAAAACUCGAGAAUGUUCAAGAAAAAAACGAAAAGGUACGACCACUUUGAAUGCCGAAGAUGUUGAGGUAACUCACAGUGGACAAGAAAGAAAACGAGUAACACGAGAAAUUGUAAAGGAUGGUAACAAUGUCAAAAUUAUAAUCAGAGUCAAGAAGACAAACGGAACCUUCGAAGAAGAUUCUGAGCCUAUAUCUACAAGCUCAAAUGGUCAAGAUGAUGACCAAAAAAAUCCUCAAGAAGCUCAAACCCAACCGAGAACAUCUACCUCUUCAAGAAAAAUGUCGACUAAAAUAUCAAAAUCCAAAUAUACAGGAAAAAACUGGUGCCCUUGUAAGAAAAUUGCAACUACCAGCACCACCGGUUAUGGAAAUUCAUCUUCCAAAAAUAAUAAAUUUUCAACUGUGAAUAUUAUAAUGUCACCGAGAUCUACUUCGAAAGAAAUUUCCAAUGCUAAAGACAAAUCAGAAGACACAAAUGAUUAUACAUCAUCAGAGGACUGUUGGUCUAAGCUGGAAGAAUUUUUAGACAGGAAAAUUAAAGAGAUCAGACUGACAGACAAGAACAAACGUUCGAGUAAACGAAAGAGAGAAAAUAUGAAUAAUAAAACCUUAAAUGUACCAUCAUGUAUCUCAGUAACAGGAUGCGAAAAAAAGUUGGGCAGAGAAUCAUCUACGAAUAGAAGAUAUUCUAGGGUAUGCUUUGAUGACGAAAUAAGAAAAAUUUGUACUGGAAAUUGUGGCCAUAAGAAAUGCAGCCAGAAACGCUCAUUCGAAGAGAAAUCCAAUUCUGGAUCAAAAUUAUCUAACAAACCAUAUGCUCAACUCAAAACUGACUUCAUCCAAAUGAAACUCAUAUCCCAUAUAGAUAAAACUUCAAAAUCGGAGAGCAGUAUAUUCGACAAAAAUACAAGUCUUCAAACCCCUGAACAAUCGAAGUCUCUCUGUCAGGUGAAGAGAAAAAGUGCAGUAGAAAAACGUCAAAGCAGUAUUCAUCAGGGAAGUGAGGAAAAUUCUGGAAAGCUCAAUUUAAUUUCCAUACAAUCCGAUUUGGAAUUCUCGAAAAACCUGGUGGUGAAAAUUUCUGAUUUCCAGAGAAAAUAGAAUCCUUGAUGAUGAAGGGAAUCCUUUAUCAUCUAUGGUACAGAAUGUAUAAUAUUUUGGAACAAUAAAAUAUACACCAACAAGCGAAAUCCUUGA